CUGGAUUUUGCCGGCGGCUCGCGCAGCAGCUCCGCACGCCAUGGCUCUGCACGUCCUUUGGCAGGAAGUGCUCCCGGACUGAGAUGGCAGACUUUGCUCGCGGGCAAAACUAAAGAAUUCUUCUAUUCAUGGAGGCAAGCACUAAGGAUGUUUUCCACAGGAACCCUGAAGUGACCCUCAAGUACAUUUCCUGUAGAAAGAGGAAGGGAGUCGACAUGAAGGAAAAUGUGGCCUCCACCACUGCUUUCAUUUUGCUGCUUUUUCUCAACAUCGGUCUUCUGAAUGGACAAUCAAUUCCUGGAAAACCUAAAUUCCAUAAAUGUCGUUCUCCGGAAAAAGAAACCUUCACCUGCUGGUGGAAUCCGGGGGCCGAUGGAGGACUACCUACCAAUUACACGCUGACUUACCACAAGGAAGGAGAAACACUCAUCCAUGAAUGUCCAGACUACAAGACCGGUGGGCCCAAUUCCUGUUAUUUUGACAAGAAACACACCUCCAUAUGGACAAUGUAUAUCAUGACCAUAAACGCCACAAACGAAAUGGGAAGCAGUUCCUCGGAUCCACUUUAUGUGGAUGUAACUUACAUAGUUGAACCAGACCCUCCUGUCAACCUGACUUUGGAAGUGAAACAGCCAGAAGACAGAAAUCCAUACCUGUGGAUGAAAUGGUUUCCACCCACCCUGGUUGAUGUAAGAUCCGGUUGGCUCACACUCCAGUAUGAGAUUCGACUAAAACCUGAGAAGGCAUCUGAGUGGGAGACCCAUUUUGCUGGACACCAGACUCAGUUUAAGAUUCUCAGCUUAUAUCCAGGACAGAAAUACAUUGUCCAAGUUCGUUGCAAACCUGACCAUGGAUCCUGGAGUGAGUGGGGCCCAGAGAGCUCUAUCCAGAUACCUAACGACUUCACCAUGAAAGAUACAACCGUGUGGAUCUUUGUAGCUGUUCUUUCUGCUGUCAUCUGUUUGAUUAUGGUCUGGGCAGUGGCUUUGAAGGGCUAUAGCAUGGUGACCUGUAUUCUUCCACCAGUUCCGGGUCCAAAAAUAAAAGGAUUUGAUACUCAUCUGCUUGAGAAGGGCAAAUCGGAAGAACUGCUGAGUGCCCUGGGGUGCCAAGACUUUCCCCCAACUUCUGACUGUGAGGACUUGCUGGUAGAGUAUUUAGAAGUCGAUGACAGUGAGGACCAGCAGCUGAUGCCCGGCCAUUCCAAAGAACACCCAGCUCAGAAAAUAGAUCCUGACAGUGACUCUGGCCGAGGAAGCUGCGACAGCCCUUCCCUUUUGUCAGAGAAGUGUGAGGAACCCCGGGCCAAUCCCCCGCCAUGCCACACUCCUGAGGGACCUGAAAAACCAGACAAUCCCAAAACCACCAUUAUCCGCACCUGGAACCCCCAGAACUCAAGCUUGGGAGCCAAGAUUCCCCAUUUUCAUGCAGAUGCCUCCAAAUCUUCAACAUGGCCCUUACCCCAGCCUCCCGGAGAACAGAACCCCAGAUCUUCUUACCACAAUAUCGCUGAUGUGUGCAAGCUGGCCCUGGGCACCGCAGGCACAGCUGCCACUUUGCUGGACAAGACAGACAAACUUGCUCUGAAAUCCUCCAACACCAAUGAGACAGGAGAGGAGGAAAAGGCAGCAGAGCAGAGGAAGGGGGGAAGUUUUCAGCCCAAGACUGGCCAAGACACGACCCUGCUGCCGCCACCAGAGCAAACCCCCUUCCUGUCUGCAAAGCCACUGGAUUACGUGGAGAUUCACAAGAUCAACAAAGACGGCGCACUGUCAUUACUCCCAAAGCAGAGAGAGGACAGUGACCCUAUGGAGAAGCUGGGGGCUCCGGAAACCAGUAAGGAGUACGCAAAGGUAUCCAGUGUGAUGGAUAACAACAUCCUAGUCUUGGUACCAGAUCCACGCGCUCAAAACCUGGCUUUGCUCGAAGAACCCACCAAGGAAGUGCCACCAUUCCUUCAGCAGAACCAAGUCGAAAAUGACCUGACCUCCUUCACCAUGACCCCAGGCAACUGCAAACUCCAGCUGGGUGGGUUGGAUUACCUGGAUCCCACAGGCUUUGUGCACUCCUUUCAGUAAUUAUUUGGUUGAUAGGAUGGUUGGUUAAAAUGUGAUUUUUUUCUUCAGGUAACACUACAGAGUACACGAAAUGCUAUCUACUAGACAUUACCUAAGAGUGUGGUUAGAAUAACACUACAAAAACUCACAGUUCACGCCUUUUCAUGCUCCAUUUUCAACCAGUUGCCUCUCUCUCCAACAGCUGAUUCCAGAACAAAUUGUUUCGUUUCAUGACUGUGAUUUGUAGAUUUCCUUUUCUUGCUAUUACUUAUAAAAUUAUGUGUUCAAUGAAAUAAAAGCACAUUGUUUAGUGUU